UCUUCAUCUUCGGUCUCACAGCCAUCUCAUCGACGCGCUGGCUUGCAGGACGGGCAUCUGUCUCUGAAACAAGGAAAGCUGUCGAAACGAAAUCAGGUAAGUAGGAGAAGCGGUCGACGUGGUCGGAUUGGCCGGGACUUGAGCGUGAGGCUGCAAGCGACGAAGGAAAGCACUGAGAUCCAAGCCAUUGAAUCCUGUGAGUCAGAAGCCGUUUGCGAAACCCUUCUGUGUGGUGAGACGACGAAAUUCAUCGCAACGGGUGCCUCUGGGAGCAAGCGACUGUGA